UGCCAUAGGAGUCUAGCUAGAGUGUCCACUACUUUUACCCAAUUAUUAUUGAAGUCUAUAUUUAUAUAAGCUCUGCAUUAUUAUUGAAGUCUAUAGUUAUAUAAUAACCUCUGCGUCGUUCUCCACUCCACUCCAACCUGGCCAUUCACAUCUUAUCUUCUACCUACUUCUUUCAACUAUGGACCAGCUGAAACCUAGUUCUGCAAACCUCUGCCCUCAAACUCCCCUGGACUUCUUAGACCGAGCAGCGAUCGUCUACGGCGACUGCCCCUCCAUCAUCUACAACUCCACCACCACCUACACCUGGUCCCAAACCCACCGUCGAUGUCUCCAGCUGGCUUCCUCCAUCUCCACCCUCGUCAAGAAAUCCCAGGUCGUCUCCGUGGUGUCCCCCAACACUCCCGCCAUGUACGAACUCCACUUCGCUGUCCCCAUGUCGGGAGCAGUCCUCAACAACAUCAACACCCGCCUCGACGCCCACACCGUCUCCGUGCUCCUCCAACACAGCGAAUCCAAGCUCGUCUUCGUCGACUUCCUCUCCCUCAACCUCGUCCUCCAAGCCCUCUCCUUGUUCCCCUCUCACAUCCCCACCCCACCUCUCGUCCUCAUCAACGAUCAUCAUCAACCCUCCUCAACCUCCAGUACCGUUGACUUCAUAGCGGACACGUACGACUACAUGGUGGCCAAAGGCGAUCCCGGGUUCGUUUGGGUCCGGCCGGCGAGCGAGUGGGACCCAAUGGUGCUGAACUACACUUCAGGGACGACGUCAGCUCCGAAAGGUGCGGUCCACUGCCACAGAGCUCUCUUCAACGUGAGUCUCGUUUCAAUCAUCGACUGGUCGGUUCCUAAAAAUUGUGUGUACCUUUGGACCCUACCGAUGUUCCAUGCAAAUGGGUGGUGCUUCCCGUGGGUCAUGGCCGCCGUGGGGGGGACCAACAUCUGCCUUCGCAAGUUCGACGGUCCUAUAAUCUACGAUCUGAUCCAGAAACACAGAGUGACUCACAUGUGCGCCGCGCCUGUCGUUCUCAACAUGCUGGUCAACCACCCGAGAACCGACCCGCUUCCGUACCCGGUCUGUAUCUUAACCGGCGGAGCUCCGCCUCCUUCGAGCGUGCUGCUCCGGGCCGAGUCGCUCGGGUUUGUUGUGAGUCACGGGUACGGGUUGACUGAAACUGCCGGGGUGGUGGUGUCGUGUGCCUGGAAGCCGGAGUGGAAUAAGUUUCCGGUGACGGAGAAGGCGAGAUUGAAGGCGAGGCAAGGAGUGAGGACGGUUGGAAUGACGGACGCGGAUGUGGUGGAUCCGGAUUCGGGUAUGAGCGUGAAACGAAACGGGUCGGAUGUUGGAGAAAUAGUCAUGCGAGGCGGGUGCGUCAUGUUGGGUUACCUCAAAGACCCGGAAACGACGAGCGAAACCCUGAAACAGAACGGGUGGUUUUACACCGGCGACGUCGGGGUUAUGCACCCGGACGGGUAUCUGGAGAUAAAGGAUCGCUCCAAGGACGUGAUCAUAAGCGGGGGAGAGAACUUAAGCAGCGUGGAGGUCGAGUCGGUUCUCUACACCAAUGCCGCGGUGAACGAGGCGGCCGUGGUGGCUAAGCCUGACGAGUUCUGGGGGGAGACGCCGUGCGCGUUUGUGAGCCUGAAACCUGACGUCAGGCCGAGGCCGACAGAGAAGGAGAUAAUAGAGUUCUGUAGAGGAAAGCUGCCGAAUUUCAUGGUGCCGAAGACGGUGGUGUUCAAGGACGAGCUGCCGAAGACGUCGACGGGGAAGAUUCAGAAGUUUAUGCUGAGAGAGAUUGCGAAAAAUAUUGGGUCUACAUCAACGACGUGGUCCAGUCGGUUGUAAUAGACGAUUAUCAUCAAGUCAUGAUCAUGAUUAUCAUCAAGUCAUUAUCAUCAAGUCAUGAUUACGAAGCGUGUAGGAAGGGCCGCGCUUGCGCGUGCAUUUAUUUUGUUUUAUGAUUAAUAUUUUAUCUAAAUAUUAAUAGGGUGCUAUUUAUUUACAAAUGUUUUGAUAAUUAUA